CUUAUUAAAUUAAAAUAAAUUGCUAUAUAAAUGGUUUAUUAUUUUCAUUCGAUGAGUGAUCAGCACAGGUUUUUUAUAUAAAAAUGGCGAGUUGAUAGCGUGUUCAAAUCAGAAUAAAAAUCAUUUAUUCAUUUUUUAAACAAACAUAUUUUUCAAAAUGCCUUCUUCUAUUACAAUUCUAUGUCAAAUAAAAUCUAAAGGGUUAGAUGGAGGGUUUGUCACCGGAUUAGCACAUUAUAUGUCUGAACCUGGAGUGUUUAAAACUUUCCAUUAUGGAUACUUUAAAAAACAGCUUUCUCCUCUAUUCCUACAUGAUUUGCAAGUCGGUGAUCAUGGGUUACUAUGUGGAAAGUUUGUUUUUAACCGUGGAAAUAUAUAUGUGCUAGUCUCUGCAGCGUUUAAAAUUCCAACGUCAGAAAAUCAUGAUAAUAUUAAUUUGCCUUAUGGUUCCUUUGUUGGGAGAAUAUACGAAGAAGUGGAACAAAACGGGAGUGAUUGCAAAUUUGGAGUGAAUUUGCUAGAAUAUAAUAAUUUUAGUUUUGCAAGUAAAGAAAAAAUUAAUUUCAGAAUACAUAUUGUGUAUGAGGCAGGGCCUACCUCGCGCUUUAUUAAGCUCGCAUCAAGAUUACAAGUUGGAAAGUUGAUUUUUAUUUCUGGCUUUUUUGAUCUUAAUGAAAAUGAAAUUCCCUUCGUUGAAGCAAAAGAAAUUGAUAUAUUAAAUGAAUUUUCUGACAAUCCAUCACAGACUCAAUCAAAUAAUACUUUACAAUCCCCUUUUCACGUACCGCUAAAUUUAAAAGCAAGUGAAGAAGAAUUGCCACAUGCUAAAUUUAAAAGUAAUAAAAAAUUACUUCAGUCUCCCCCACAAAAAAAGAAUAAAACAAUUGAAAUUAUUGAUAAUGAUGAACAAAUAGAUAACAAAAGUGAAGAAGAACAAAAAUCACCAAUCACGUCUGCUUCAAAGAUUGAGGCAAAGGAUUCAUCAAUCUCUGAAAAAUCAACCAAAAAAAAUAGCAAAAGAAAGAUGGAAUUAUCCGAUUUAUCAAUCCAACGCUUAGAGAAAGCAGCCAAAAAUACCAAAGUUAAAACAAGAUCGCAAAAGCGAUAUGAAAAUCAAAAGGAGGAUAAUGUUCUAAUGGAAGCAGAAGAAAGUACUUGAAUAGUAGUUUCGAAAACCUUAAUUUGUAUAUUGUCUAUUAGUUUAGAAAAUUACAAAUUACAUAGUAAAUUUUGUUAUUGAGAAGUUAAUUUUUAGCUUUUUUUAUAUAUUAUAAUCUUAUUAUUAUAAUAAAUGAGUAUUAUUUUUUCUUAGCUCUUAUAAUGAUA